AAAAAACAAUGAAAUUUUUGUAUUAUUGUUUUUUUUUUUUAAAUCAAAGCAAAGCAAGAUGCUAGAAAGAACAAGCCUCAAAAAGAGUGAAAAGUUAGGAAUUAAAGUUGAAACAAAAGACAAACAACAUUAAAAACUAUAUUUAACGUUCCUUGACUAGCUGUUAGCCCGAUGCUAAGGUACCCCAUAGUAGGUUUAGGUUGAUAGGCAACGAUUUUUUCCGUAGCUGUCGUUCAAAGUUUUUUCCCAUCAACACAGAGCUUGAAGUUAGGAAGGAGAGCAGCAGGCUGUCGAGGGUUUGUACCUUUUUUGUUAGAUACAAGAAUAUCGAGGUCUGUAACGCGCAACAUCAAAACGUUUCUAGGUAAAUCAGCAGUAGCAGCAGCAGGAGCAGAAAAGGCAGAGCUACAACUUCUUGUCAGAAAGUUUUGUCUGUUAGUAUUGUCAAACUAUCGAUACAAGGCGCAGAUCUAAAAUAUUCUUCUUCAGCUUCUGCUGCUGCAUCACAAUCUUAAUAAAGAGAAGAAGGUACAAUCCAAAAAAAAAACACAGGAAGGAAAAACUAGCAAGACCACCCACCCACUCCGUAUCUUAACAACAACCAGCAUUGAACACAAACAGGGGUGGACAUCGCCUUUAACCCACCCCUAGUAGUGGGACAUAAGAAGAAUUUUUGCUACUGCUACUGCUGUGCUGCUGCUGCUGCUGCUUAAAGGAGGAAAAUUCAUCUUUUGAAGGAAAACACCAACCCACAGAGAUUAUAAUUGAUUUUUCUCGAAUCUUGAGAGGAGCUCUAUUCGAAGACAGCAUCAGUACCGAGAAAGGCUUAAUAAAUUCUUGAGUUUUCUUCACUAAGAUUUGGAAUUGAAGUUAUUCUAAAAUCAGUCUCAAAUGGAAGAAAGGAAAUAUAAUCUACCUGCCGAUGGAUGUGAAAAUUAUUAUCAAAUAAGCGAUGACGAUAUUGAAGAUAAUGAUGAAAACGGUGAAGAAUCCGUUCUUGAAGAUCCCUCAACAAACGACGGCAGAAAUCCCUACGAACGAGCUUGGUCCACCGAAGCAACACGUGCAUUGAUUCACAUCCGCGGUCCCAUGGAAGAGAAAUUCACCGAAGGACGUCAGAAACGCACAGCUCUCUGGUUAAGUGUAACAAGACACCUACAAAAACUAGGCUUUCGCUAUAACGCCGCCAAAGUUCAAAAGAAAUGGCACAACAUACUCAUUACCUAUAAUAAAAAUCUAAAUAAGAAAUUCCUUGCUGGCUAUGUGCAUUGGGAAUUCUUUGAGGAAAUGUUCAAAUAUUUGCAAGGCAAAAAAGCCGAAUGUGACACAAUUGUGAGUAAUGCACAAUUUGGAGAUGAAAGCCAAUACCCUCCCGACAAUUCAAUGCUACAGCCACAAAUUGAAAUGCAUGGAAAAUCUGCUGAUGAAUAUGAAGAGAGCAGUGGUAGUCCGGAAAGGAAAAAAACUAAAUUCGAAUACAACAACGAUCACCACGAAGAACUUCCUCUAGAGAUAACACAUGAAAAUGGGAAUGAUGAUUAUGCAAACGGUGGCGUCGGUGGAGGCGGCGGGGUUGGCGUCGGCUCAGCGCAAGGACACUGGUGGAAAGACUAUUUUGAGCGAAAACUAACAAUGGACAAAGAAAAAAUUGAUUUACAACGUGAAAUGCAUCGAGAUAUGAUGCAUUUUAAUAAAAUGUCUCUCAUUCAACAGGAGAAAAUUGAAAGAAUUAAAAUCGAUGCCAUUAAUAAUUUAACUUCUACGCUGCAGAAAUUUGUCGAAGUCAAGAGUCGAAAAAACUAAAAACACAAUACAAACUCAAAGUAUAAUCUAAGUCUAAGUUCUCGAAAAUGCAUGUCGUUUUGAAUAAUAAGUUCUGAAAUCGUCUUCAUGUUCCCUAUUUGUGAUUUUAUUAUGUGUUUCAGUUAGUUUACUGGAUCAGUAUUAUAGGUAUAUAUACAUUAUAUAUAUAUAUAUGCUUUUUAGCGUUUCGGAUACAUUUUAAGGACAAAUACAUCAAGUACAAAAAUUUCAAGAAAACCUA